GUGUCGUUUGACUAGCUGGUAGUCAGUCAGUGUCCUAUAUAGAUCUACCUGAAGACAGGUAAACCUGGUCUAGUGGUGUAUAUAUAAGAUGGAUACAUAUUUAACGACCUGUGGUUCCCGUCUAUAAAUAACUACAGGUAUAUGUAUGUAUGUACAGUGUGUGACACUGUUCAUUUGACGAAGGAUGAUUUAAGUGUUGUUGGUGUUAAUUUUGUGUUGAUAUGAAUCUGUGGAAAGUGUUUACCUGUAUUUUAAUGUGAAAUCCAGGUAUAUAACAAACUCGUUUAUACCUAUAACUGACAGUGAUUGACAAUUUUCUACAGUUGAUGAUUUAUAUAGUUACCUAGAGUUACACAAGCUGACUAAAUGUCAUUGAAAAGUUCAAGUCCAUGGCAUGUGAUAAAAACUUGAAACAGAAAACUUUGUGUAGUGAACUCAUUAAUAUUAUUUCAAUGACAUUCAAAGCAAUUUUGGAGUAGAGAAUAACCUAUGUACAAAGACAAAGCUGAACAGUAAUUUAAUUUUAUGAUUUUGUGAACUUUAAAUCUGAAAAUCUUACUUCAUAUUUUGUAUUUUUCAUCAAAAAUACAUCUGUAUUGUGGCUGGAAAUUAACCGAAGUAUAAUUUUAUAAAUUUUGUGCUCUAGAUGUGAUAGCGUGACAUCGUAGGUGACCUCAGUGAUUCUGACCUUUGACUUAUCUUGAGAUUUGGUAUAUGUGAUGUGUCUACUCUGCAUUUAUUGGUGAUAUUUAUAAAUACAAAAAUAUUUAUAAAAUGUUAGUUAUAUGAAUGUACCAUAUAAUUAAGAAGUGAUAUUAGAUGUUCUAAAGAGAACCAUGGAUAAACCGGGAAUAUUUCAUCGUUUUAUAAUAAUUGGAAUAACUGUUUACUAUUAUUUAUCUCUGCCUUCACCAAUCAGCUGUCAGACGGAUAUUAACUUCUGUAAGAAUGAUUCAUGUGAAAAUGGUGGCAAUUGUUAUGAGAAGGAAACAGAUUAUGGAUGUAAUUGUUCUAAUGAAUGGACGGGAAGAAACUGUAACAUUUUGGUGAAUAGUUCCUGCAAUGAUGUUCCGUGUAAAAAUGGUGGAUCUUGUCAGCCGAUCAACCUUACCACAAGUUCAGGGCUGAUUGAAAGUUUUAAUUGUUCAUGUAUGGAUGGUUAUCAGGGUCCAACCUGUGAAGAUAUACUAGAUUUAUGUGUAGAUGUUCCGUGUUUUAACAACGCAACAUGUAACUCAACACCAUCUAACUAUCAAUGUACUUGUCAGCCAGGUUUUACUGGUGAUAGAUGUGAAACUAAUAUAGAUGACUGUACAUCAUCUGGUUGUGUUAACGGUGAUUGUCAAGAUGGCUUAAAUAAUUAUUAUUGUAACUGUACCGAAGGGUGGACAGGUAAAUAUUGUAAUGAAGAUAUCGAUGAAUGUAAUACGACUACACCUUGUCAACAAGGUGUCUGUAUAAAUACACCUGGUAGUUUCUAUUGUAACUGUAACGGUACUGGAUAUAAUGGUACAAAUUGUGCCGACGAGGUUGACGAAUGUUCAUUGGUUCCACCGCAGUGUAAGAACGGAGCAAAUUGUACGAACACAGUAGGCAGUUAUAACUGUAGUUGUACGCUGGGAUAUACUGGAGACGACUGUGAUAUACCAGAUUGUAGUGCCAACCAAUGUGAAAAUAAUAGUACAUGUAUAGUUAGCGAUCAAAAAUGGAUGUGUCAAUGCCUGGAAUAUUAUUAUGGUGAUCAAUGUGAGAUAGCGGGACCAUGUACAUAUGGUUAUUGUGAUGAUAUUAAUACAGACACCUGUCAACAAGAUGAAAUAACUAUGAAUUAUACAUGUGUCUGUAACCAAGGUUGGGAAGGAGAGAAUUGUACCAAGGAUAUAGAUGAGUGUGUGGAUCUAUCACCUUGUUUAAAUGGUGCUACCUGUAAUAAUUUAAACGGAUCAUACACCUGUGAUUGUAUACCAGGUUAUACAGGAAAUAACUGUGGAUCAGAUAUUGAUGAAUGUCUAACCAAUACAUGUUUAAAUGGUGGAACAUGUAAUGAUUAUUUAAAUUAUUUUAACUGUACUUGUACUGCUGGUUAUAUGGGCCUCAACUGUAGUAAAGAUAUUGAUGAAUGUUUGUCGACACCGUGUAAAAACAAUCAGCCGUGUAUCAACUCUGAUGGAAGCUUCUCCUGCAACUGUAGCCCAAAUUAUCUCGGAAAUCUGUGUCAGCACGAUAAUCCAUGUGACAUUGAAACCUGCCAAAAUGGAGGAUUAUGUAAGACUAAUGUAACAGAAGACAAUAAUUACGUGCCGUUCUGUGAAUGUGUGAAUGGAUUUGAAGGAGCUCGAUGUGAAAGAGCUGAUCCUUCAAAACAACCAGUAGAUGACAAUGUUAAUAUAUGGGCGAUAAUUGGACCAAUCAUAGCCAUUGUUGUCAUUGUCGUCAUCAUAGUUGCCGUAGUUUUCUUUAGAAUGGCCAGAAAGAAACGUGCGACUAGAGGACAGUAUUGUCCAAGUCAACAGGAGAACGCCGGUGCUAGAGUAGAAUUAGGAAAUGUAUUAAAGAAACCGCCCCAAGAAAGACUCAUAUAGACAAUUAUUUAUAAAUUUAAAUUAUGCAAGAAUUAUUAAUUUAAUUUGUAAAAGUGCUUUUCUCGUCAUAUAAAUGAAUGGUGAUCAAGAUCGUGUGAUAGAAAUUUGGACUAAGAAACAGAAUUAAGACGGUCACUACAUAGUCAUGAUCAUCAUGUCAAGUGUGAUCAAGACCAAAAGUAAACACUUUGUGAGUUUCAUUGGUAUGAUGAACGUGCUGUGAUCAAAAUAUCACUUCAAGCCAAGAGUGAUUGCCGUGAUUAAAGGUUGCCAUUGUUCUAGUGUUGAUAAAAGGAUUGGAUUAGACAUAUUAUAUAAACUGUGUUUUAGAAUGAACAAGAUCUGGGAAGUUAUCCUUCCUCAAAACUAGAAGUUAUCAUUCCUUGGAACAAGCGGUUAUCAUUCCUUGGAACAACAAGUUAUCAUUCCUUGGAACAAGCGGUUAUCAUUCCUCGGAACAACAAGUUAUCAAUCCUUGGAACAACAAGUUAUCAUUCCUUAGAACAAGAAGUUAUAAUUCCUCAGAACAAGAAGUUAUAAUUCCUUAGAACAAGAAGUUAUCCUUCCUCAGAAUAAACUAUCCACAUGAUGAUAAAAAUCAUGGCUAUGUUAAUCGAAUCAUCUUCACGGUAAUUGUUAAUAUGAUAGAGAAUUAUUUUAAAUGGUGGGAAGAAUUAGAUAUUGAUAUCGUAUUGUCCAAGAUAAUUUGAUGUAAGAUGUGAAUUGUAACGAAUAUCCACUUCCGGAUAUAUCGACCGUGUGAAUCAACAUCUAAUAAACUAUAGCAAUUAAUGAAAAUGUAUCAGUGACUGUAUUUCUAAAGUAUUUUUGAUUGCAACUAUUGUGCUAUUAUAUCUUUAAGCCUUCGGUCACAUGUGAAUCGAUCAUUUUUUCUAAUAUACAAUUUAUAAUGGAGAGAUCUGCUUUCUUGAAAUCUUCAUUUAUAAUCUUAAUGAAUUCGGAAUCGUUAGGCCACCAUCUGGGUUUUAUUCAUGGAAACUUAAAUCUUUUAUACUGGAUACCAACUGACACUCGAUACUUGUUAACCACUGGGGGAGGAGGGGUGGGGGUGGAUUGCCGAAUGGUUAGUACGUUUUAUCAUAAGGUAUGUCAUUGAGUCAACUGUCGUUGUUUCGAUUCCCUGGUUGUACGUGACAAGGAGUAGGGUCGCCUGUCCAACCUCAUGAGUUUUCUCCCGGUCCUUCGGUAUCCUCCCACAGUUAAAGACCCCUAUGCACUAGUGAAUUAUUGAACUAUAUGUUAGUCCCGAAAUGACCUGGUUUGUGUAUAGUGGAUGUUAAACUCUAUUUCUCUCUGUCUCAUCCUUGAGGAAUUAAAGAAAUUUUAUAACUCAUCUUAUGGGUUAAAUAUCUCAUAUUUUGAUGGCUAGCAACAAGUGUUCGAUAUUAGGGGAAAAAUAUGUCAAUUCAAUGAAGAUUUAAGUUUUUGACAAAUAGGACUACCUUUUUAUUUUUUGCAUGUACAGCUAUAAAAUGGAUUACAAGAAAUGAAUCAGUCAUUCUUUAAGUUUAGCUAAUGAUAAAUUAUUUGUUUAGUUGUUGUGUAUGUACGUUCAGGGAAUCGGCUUGUUUCAUUAGUUUGUAUAUUUUGUAUAUUAUAUCAUCUGGUUAUAAUGGAAGGAUAAUGUGAGUCCCACGUAAAACAAACUGUGCAAUAAGUAAUAUACCAUCUUUCACAAGUUUACAUAUCAUAUACUAAUAGACAAUACAGUCCUCACUGCUCAACAAAAUAUAAAACAAACGGUACAUAAAUACAGCACAGACAUUCCAAAAUGUGAAAUGUGAAUAAAGCUGUUAGCUACAUGAACCUACCAUAGAUGAUUUUAGCGGCAAAUAUGGUGAAUUUAAUGCCAAUGAAAAUUGUUUCAGAUAAACACUUAAUGGGUUGUGACCCUUAAUCACUUUUUAGCAUAUGGACUGCUCCUACUACUUAGUGACAGUGGUUGUAUGUUUCGGUGUUUACCUAUCUUUAAUAAGAUGCACUAUUUUAUAUGAAAAUUUUAAAAAAGAACAAAAAUUAUUGCUUUUAUAGAAUUCAAAAUGAUCGAUUGAGUUUCUCAUGUCAUCUUUACUACCUUUACACAUUGUUGUGUUAUAACGUCUGUCCUGACCUAUGAAAAACAAAAAAAAAGGAUUUGUCAAGUUUUUAUUCAAAACAUUCCUUCAAUAAUCCGGCCAAUUUUACCUAAAGUGUCUAUUUGUUAAUUAAGUUGUGUCAAGUGCCUCGUUUAUUUUAUCAUUUAUAUUUUUGGUGAAAUAUGCAGUUGUGAAAUAUAUUUAGCUAAAUAUGAAUCUGUGAUAUUAAUAAUGGAGAAAAUUUAAUUUCCUUCAGAGUUACUACAGUACAUGUACCAAGACGAUCUGAUUCAAUUUAAAAUAUAAGAGUUGUGCUAAUAAUUUAUAUUCUUUUUAAAUUUGAAAUAUAAACAAAGAGAGUAUUGAUCAUAAUGUCAUAUAAUUGAAAAGAUAUUUUAACAUAGAUUGUGCAUUAUGUUAAUCUUCCAUUAAAUAUGCUCAUUAUAGUUAUAUUUAUUUCCAUCAAUAUUUCCAUUACUAUAUACAUAUUUAACGCUCAUAUCAAAGACAAUUUAAUUUCCACUGACUGUUUUCAUUCCACAGGUUUAUUUUAACAUACAUUAUGCAAGAGCUAAAAGGAAUUAAUUAACGGUUUUGUUAAUAAAAAAAAAGUUGUAUUCCUGAAAACAUAUCUUGUUGCCAUCCAAUUAAAUUUUUACGAUCUAAUUAUGAUAUAUAUGCACAGUUUUUAUACAGCAUGAUGCAUUUUAUAAAGCAUUAAUAUUUUUAUAUCUAUCAUCACAUCUCCUUUCAUUUUAUAUAAAUUCAUAUAAUAUUAUUAUAUAUAGCUUAACCAUUUUGUAUAUAAAUCCUAUAUAUUAUUUUAUAUAAUAUUAUUAUAUAGGUUAAUCAUUUUGUAUAUAAAUCCUAUAUAUUAUUGUUAAUAGCAUUAUAUUUUAUAGAUGAUUAUAAUAUACUAUGUCAUACCUGUAUUAUUAUAUACUAUGUCAUACCUGUAUUAUUAUAUAGUAUGUCAUACCUGUAUUAUUAUAUAUUUAAUAUAUACUGUAUAUAUAUUAUAUACCACAGAUUAGAUUGUAUAUAGACAUACCAUGGAUUAUAAUUAGCCUAAUUAUUCAGCAUCAUACACAAUUUAAUAGGUCUGUUUAUAUAAAUCUUUUACUUCAAUAUUAAUGUAUAGAGCUAUAAUUCUUCUAAAUCGGCAAGAAAUGUUGUUUUUUUAUAAUAUUACUGUGUUUUCAUUGACUGAAAAUUAACCCAGCACAGGCCCGUAGCUAGCGGAGGAAUGGGGGGGCAAGCCCAACCAAUGUCACUCGGUUUUAUGGGGAGGCCAUACUGAUAUGGGCACGUUGGUCUUUGGCUUCGUAUUACGUCCAAUGGAAAGGUCGCUGUUCGGCCUGCAGCAUGUAUGUUACCUCAAAUAUGGUAUAUCUUAAGUUAAGUAGGCUUACCGUCGAGAAAAAAACAAACCUUUCUAGUUACCAGUGCUUGUACCAAUUCUAUCCAUGACAUAUAACGACUACCUUUAUUGAUUCAUUCAUGCAUUACAUUCAUUGUAAAAAAAACCUGUGUUCUCUCAAAUUCCAGGUAGAGCACACACAAACAGUAACUUAUUAAAAUCACACAAAAGGUUUUAGUAGUCAGUAAAAUGUUAAUCCAUUCUAGUAACUUAUUCAAAUGAGAUAAAUCUUUAAUAAACAAAUUUAUAAUGGAAUAUUUAUCACUUUUCAGAUAAAUUUUUAUUUUGUGGCAUAUCAAUUUUAUUCAGAUCUUUCUAUUCGUAAUUCAUAUAUAUAUUAAAAAAUCUUAUAUUAUCGUUUUUUACAUAUUAUCAUAUCUUUCUAUUCAUAAUUGAAUUAUAUAAAAAAAUCUUAUCGUUUUUUCAAUCAUAUCAAAGUUUAUUUAUACUAGUGUUUUUCUCGUAAGACAGAUGUUUUACCAGAUUGUUUCUCUUUAAUAAUGUAUAAAAAUUUUGUAUAUGUGUAAAUAAUUUUGUUAU